UCUCCCCGCCACUGCAAGUUCCGCCUCCUCUGAAUCUAGCGCCACCUCCACCAAUUCCUCCGCUAAAUUUGGAGGAGCCGCUUGUUUCUUUCUCUAGCACCAAACCCUAGUUUCAAGUUCGAAAUCUCUAGUGUCACUAGUAGAGUGCUUCCACAACUUGUUCCUCCUUGUGCAAAAGAGCACGGCUUCUCCCUCCUCGGCGGUGCCACUGCUAAGUUUAGCGGAGGUAGGCGUUCUUUACAUUUUCAAAGGCUACCCAUCAUAUCGAACCUCGAAGAUCAUCUCCACAUUGUCUUCCCAUUCUACCACUUCCAUCACCAGCUCUAGCAUUUUCUAGAUUCUAUUUUCACCAGAAUCGCCAAAUUUUGCUGCAAGGGGCCGCCGAAUUUAGCUGGUCUCUAGAAUGGGGAACGCGGACUUGGUGUACGCUCAACAGGCGACUGCCAAAGAGUGCAUCCACAAAGUAGCAGUUCCACAACCUAAGCCCUUCGUCUCGAAGUUCAUGUCCUCCCUCAAAGAGACCUUAUUCCCCGAUGACCCCUUUCGCCAGUUCAAGAGCCAGCCUCUAGCUCGGCGCCUUGUGCUCGGCCUGCAAUUCUUCUUCCCCAUACUUGAAUGGGCACCAAGCUACAACUUUGCCUUCUUCAAAGCCGACCUCAUAGCCGGAAUCACCAUUGCUAGCCUUGCUAUCCCUCAAGGCAUUAGCUAUGCCAAGCUUGCUAAUCUGCCCCCUAUACUUGGCCUCUAUUCGAGUUUUGUGCCACCUCUUGUUUAUGCGUUGAUGGGGAGCUCGAAAGACUUGGCAGUUGGGACGGUGGCAGUGGGUUCAUUGCUUCUGGGGUCAAUGUUGAGUAAGGAUGUCACCCCUGCUGAGAACCCGACUUUAUAUCUCCACCUUGCUUUUACGGCCACCUUCUUUGCUGGUCUUUUCCAGACUGCUUUGGGUCUCAUAAGGUUGGGAUUUAUUGUGGACUUUCUCUCUCAUGCCACAAUUGUUGGGUUCAUGGGUGGGGCUGCAACAGUGGUGUGCCUUCAACAACUGAAAGGGAUAUUGGGUCUUCAACACUUCACAACGGGCACUGAUUUGGUCACAGUCAUGCGCUCUGUUUUUACCCAAACUCACGAGUGGAGAUGGGAGAGCGCUGUUCUGGGCUGUUGCUUCCUGUUCUUCCUCCUCCUCACCCGCUACUUUAGCAAGAGAAAGCCGAGGUUCUUCUGGAUUUCAGCAGCUGCACCGCUGACCUCAGUCAUAUUGGGAAGUGCUCUCGUUUAUCUCACUCACGCCGAAAAGCAUGGUGUCCAAGUGAUUGGGCACUUAAAGAAAGGUUUAAAUCCCGAAUCAAUUUCUCAUUUCACUUUCCAGCCCGAGCAUAUGAUGAUUGCCCUCAAGGCUGGAAUAGUUACUGGCAUGAUCGUGCUAGCGGAAGGAAUUGCAGUAGGGAGAAGCUUUGCUGCGUUCAAAAACUACCACAUAGAUGGCAACAAGGAGAUGAUUGCUUUUGGGAUGAUGAAUAUCGCUGGUUCAUGCACCUCUUGUUACUUAACCACAGGGCCGUUUUCUCGAUCGGCUGUGAACUUCAACGCGGGGUGCAAGACAGCAGUGUCAAACAUAGUGAUGGCAAUCGCAGUGAUGAUAACUCUCCUCUUUCUCACUCCUCUGUUUCACUACACGCCCCUCGUCGUUCUCUCCUCCAUCAUAAUCUCCGCCAUGCUCGGGAUUAUCGACUACGACGCUGCCAUCCAUCUCUACAAGGUUGAUAAGGUCGACUUUUGUGUGUGCAUGGGCGCCUUCCUUGGAGUCGUUUUUGGGAGUGUUGAGAUAGGUCUUGUUAUAGCUGUUGCUGUUUCAUUGCUGAGAGUUCUAUUGUUCAUAGCUAGGCCUCGUACAUCGGUGCUCGGAAACAUACCAAACUCCACAAUUUACAGGAAUGUUGAGCAAUAUCCGGUGGCCAAAAGCGUGCCUGGGAUCCUAAUCUUGAGGAUUGACUCCCCCAUUUAUUUUGCAAAUUCAAGCUAUUUGAGAGAGAGGAUUGCAAGAUGGGUGGACGAUGAGCAAGAUAGACUCAAAUUGAGAGGAGAGUACAGCUUACAGUAUGUGAUCCUCGACAUGAGCGCCGCUAGUUGCAUUGACACGAGCGGCAUCAGCAUGCUGGAGGAAGUCAAGAAGAACGUAGAGAGGCGAGGCCUUCAGCUCGCCUUAGCUAACCCAGGAAGCGAAGUGAUGGAGAAACUCACAAAGUCGAAGUUCAUUGAGGCGAUUGGCCUGGAGUGGAUAUAUCUGACGGUAGGGGAGGCGGUGGCCGCUUGCAAUUACAUGCUUCACAGGCAGAAACCUUCAAGAGGAUCCAACGAUGUCGAAGCCGGCAGCGCCGAGGUCUGACUUGUCCAAGCGGCCUGAUACCCCUAUAAAUCCGGCUUUAAUUAUCGGAUUUAUGUGCAUCUUUGUGAGAGAGAGCACCACUAGGGCUAAUGUAGAUCCAACGUAUGUUGGCUCUUGUAAGGAAUUGGGGUGUAUUAUGAUCUUGAUUAAUAACUUCUAAUGUAAUAUGGAGUGGCUCUUGUCUAAUUUUCAAAAAUGAAGAGGAAAGUGUAUAUGUUUUAAGGGCUAUACUCUUAACUCUUAAAUUGUCCGCUUUACUUUUA